UUAACUCCUAAGAGAGAUGGGAAGAAAACCCUGUUGUGACAAGCUUGGUGUUAAGAAAGGGCCAUGGACAGCUGAAGAAGACAAGAAACUCAUUUCCUUCAUCCUCUCCAAUGGCCAAUGCUGCUGGCGAGCAGUCCCAAAACUCGCCGGCCUUCGCCGCUGUGGCAAGAGUUGCCGUCUUCGAUGGACCAAUUACCUCCGCCCUGACCUCAAAAGAGGACUCCUAACCCAACUCGAAGAACAAAUUGUUAUUGACCUCCAUUCCCAUCUUGGAAAUAGAUGGUCGAAGAUUGCAGCUAGAUUACCGGGUAGAACAGAUAAUGAAAUCAAGAAUCAUUGGAAUACCCACAUCAAGAAGAAGCUUCUUAAGAUGGGUAUUGAUCCAAUCACACAUGAACCUAUUGGAAAAGAAAAAGAAGAAGAUGAAACUAAUGAGAAAAGUAACAUUAAUGGUGAUCAAACUAUUUGUUCUAGCACCACAACAGAGUCAUCAUCAUCAUCUUCCUCAUCAUCAUCAUCAUCCUCAUUUGAUCCAUUAAUGAGUUUCUUAUUAGCAAACGAUGAAGAUGCUGCUUCUCUAACGGGUGACAUUGACCCAUCUUGGGAAUUACUCUUAACAGAUAGCACUAGUAUUGAAUUACCAGUUUGGGAUGAAAGUUUUCCUUUGUUAUUGGAUUGUGAGGAUUUCGGUGUUCAUGAUUUCUUGAUUGAUUUGUAACUCAAUAAGAUGUUAGUCUGUUUUGUUAGUGGGUUUAGCUAGCUAGGCUUGAAUUUGGAACAAUGUGAAAAUGAGUGUUUUGUAUUGUUAUAUGUAUCAUGUAUGGAGUUUUGAAAUUAAUAAAUGGUCUUAAUUUGUAUUA